AUGAUUAGACGGUGUGUCCCCGAAGAGGAGCAACGCAAUAUCUUAUACCAUUGCCACACAACAACCUAUGUAGGGCAUUUUGGAGAGUGGGUUGAAGCAAUUGCCACGCCAAGAAACGACUCUAAGACGGUGCUCAAGUUCCUUCACAAGAACAUAUUCAAUCGAUUUAGAGUACCGAGAGCCAUCAUCAGCGAUGAGGGCACCCACUUCGAUAAUAGAUUAAUUGCCAAGGCAUUACAUAAAUAUGGAGUGCGAUAUAAGAUUGAAACGACAUAUCACCCGCAGAAAAAUGGGCAAGCUGAAGUGUCCAAUCGGGAAGUCAAGCAAAUCCUUGAGAAGGUGGUGAACCCUCGAAGGAAAGAUUGGUCCCCCAAGCUCGAUGAAGCAUUAUGGGCCUAUAGGACGGCAUUCAAAACGCCUCUGGGAAUGUUACCUUUCAAGAUGGUAUAUGGAAAAGCCUGCCACCUCCCAGUUGAGUUAGAACAUAAGGCAUACUGGGCAAUCAAGAAAUUAAACUUCGACGCGCAACUUGCUGGGGAGAAACGAUUGCUCGAUUUGAAUGAAAUAGAGGAGUUUCGAGCACAAGCAUAUGAAAAUGCCAAGCUCUACAAGGAAAGAACCAAAAAGUGGCAUGACAAAAAUCUUUUGCCACGGAAUUUUCAUGAGGGCCAGAAAGUGUUUCUUUUCAACUCAAGGCUCAAACUCUUCCCUGACAAACUAAAGUCACGUUGGUCGGGACCAUUUGAAGUUCACCAUGUUUACCCAUAUGGCGCUGUUGAU